AUGGACCCUGCAGCGUCCGGAAGCGGCAUUGGACCAUCCCCGCACCCGCCGCCGCCGGGGAAAGCUCCGGACUCUGACGCGCGCCGAGUGAUGGCAUCCAUCCAGAAUGACGACGAGCGGCUGCUUGCCCGCAUCGGCUACAACCAGGAAUUGAGACGCGAGUUCAACAAGUGGUCAACCGUUUCCUAUGCCAUCUCCAUUCUCGGUGUCCUGGGCUCCGUCCCGGCAACCUUUGGCAGCCCCAUCGCCGCCGGCGGUCCUGCCACGGCCGUAUGGGCCUGGUUCAUUGGCAGCGUCAUGGCCAUGUGCAUAGCGAGUUCCGUGGCCGAGCUGGUAUCGGCCUACCCGACUGCUGGAGGCAUGUAUUUCGUCACCAAGCACGUCGUGCCCCCCGAGCAUGUGGCCAUAUGGGCCUGGGUCAUCGGCUGGUGCAACUUCCUCGGCCAGGCCGCCGGUGUCGCCAGUCUCGCCUACACAAUCUCGCAGAUGAUCUUCGCCGCCGCCGUCAUGAACGCCACUGCCGAAGACGGCUCCUCGUCGUUUACGCCCUCGGCCCUGCAGACGGUCCUGCUCGCGAUACUGAUCCUCUGCCUCUUCGGCAUCAUCUGCUCGCUCACCACCCGAGCCUUGCACAAGAUCAUCCUGUGGUUUGCCCCGAUCAACAUUCUGGCCUCUAUCAGCAUCUGCGUCGCUCUGCUCGUCCUCACGCCCAACAAGCGCAGCGCCGAAUGGGUUUUUACCGAAGUCACGGACGGCUCCGGCUGGGGGAGCAAAGGCUUCUCAUUUCUGCUAGGAUUCCUUUCCGUGGCCUGGACGAUGACCGAUUACGACGGGACGACACACAUGUCCGAGGAGACGCACGACGCCGCCAUCCGAGGACCGGUUGCCAUCCGAUCGGCAAUUCUCGUCUCGGGACUCACUGGUUGGAUGCUCACUGUCACGUUCUGCUUCUGCCUGACCGACUACGACGGCAUCGUCAACUCGCCAACCGGCCUUCCAGUGGCGCAGAUAUUUCUCAACGCCGGUGGAAGGGCAGGGGGGACGGUCAUGUGGUUUUUUGUCAUCCUGGUCCAAUUCUUCACCGGAUGCUCCGCCAUGCUGGCAAAUGCGCGCAUGUGUUAUGCAUUUGCUCGGGACGAUGCUCUGCCGUUUUCGAGCUUCUGGAGCACCAUCAACAAGUACACCGGCACCCCGGUCAACGCCGUGUGGCUCGUCGUGGUCUUCUGCACCUGCCUCGACCUCAUUGGCAUCGGCAGCACGCUCACGAUUGUCGCAAUCUUCAAUGUUUGCGCGCCGGCGCUGGACCUCAGCUACGUGGCCGUCAUCAUCGCGCAUCGGGUGUACGAGAAGCGGGUGCAGUUCAUUCCGGGGCCGUACACGAUGGGUAUCUGGAGCAAGCCGAUCAACCUCGUUGCCUGCACGUGGGUCGUGUUCAUCAGCGUCAUCUUGUUCUUCCCGACCACGAAGCCGGUCACGGCCACGAACAUGAACUACGCCAUCUGUGUGGCUGGCUUCGUCGGGCUCUUCAGUCUGAGCUGGUGGUGGAUCGGGGCGAGAAAGAAGUACACGGGGCCCCGUACCAAGGACAUUAUCGACAUGCUUCCGACCGAUGACCCGGACGAAGAAAACUUUCCGUAA